AUGGCACCCAUUGGAGUCGGAAUUAUUGGCCUUUCAGCCGCAGGAGGAUCAUGGGGAGUAACAGCUCAUCUCCCAUACCUCAAGGAGUCCUCAAAGUACAAGAUUACUGCCGUCAGCAAUUCGUCAACAGAGUCCUCGCAAAGGGCAAUCGAUACCCAUGGUCUCACAGACGCCAAGGCCUAUGGCUCUGUUGCAGACAUGGCAGCAAGCUCCGAUGUCGAUCUUGUUGUUUGUAGCAUCCGAGUUGACCGUCACUACGAGGCCAUCAAGCCUGCCAUUGAAGCUGGCAAAGACUGUUUUGUCGAGUGGCCGUUGGCCUCGAACUCUGAGCAAGCAACAGAGCUGCUCCAACUUUCUGAGAGCAAGGGUAUCAAGACCAUUGUCGGCUUACAAAGUCAGAUGAGCCCUGCUAUCAGCCGUAUCAAGGAGAUCAUCGAAAAGGACAAGUCUAUCGGUCGCGUCGUCAGCUCCAACGUCAGCUUUGCUGGUAUGCUAGGCGGCAGAGAUUCUACAGAAGCCCAUGAGUACCUCAACUCUGCCGAAAUUGGUGGUAAUAUGUUGGUCAUUCCCUUCGGCCACUUGUAUGACGGUAUCAGCUACACUCUCGGCGAACUCCAAGCAGUUUCUUCAACACUGUCUAUUCAACAUCCAGAUGUCCCCGUCAAAUCUGCCGAUGGCUCAAAGGUCUUGAGGACGACCAAACGCACUGCCGCCGACCACAUCACCAUUUCUGGCCUUCUUACCAACGGAGCACAUUCCUCAGCAGUGGUGACCGGUGGCCAGCCCUCCAUGGGCGAGCCAGCCUUGCUUUGGAAAAUCGAAGGCGACAAAGGCGUCAUCGAAGUCCGUGGCCAAGAAGCUUUUGCUCUCAGCAUGUCGCUAGAUGUCAAAAUCAGCAUGCAAUUGUUUGAGACUGGCGAAAUACAGCAAGUCGAGUUUACUGAAGAUAGACCUGGUCCUCCUGGUAAUAUCGGAAGACUGUAUGAUGCUUAUGCUGAUGGUCAGUAUUAUCCUGAUUGGAAGUGGGCUGUCAAGCGUCAUGCUUGGGUGGAUGCACUUUAUAAGAGCAAUGAGACUGGAAAGCGUGUAUCCUAUAUUUGA